AUGUCUUCACCAACCGAUGCUCCUCUUCCAGCUACCAUGCGGGCACCUCACUGUGAGUCCCAGGGUCAACCUCUCAUCGUCAAGACCAUCCUAACACCCCAGCCCAGUCCCGGCAGUCUUGUCAUCAAAGUUCUGGCUAUAAGCAUUGAUCCUGAUAUCCAGAACAUCAUCGAUGGAAAGAUUCCCUACCUCUAUACACCCACACCCUUUAUUCCCGGUGGUCAGGCCAUCGGCCGUGUUGCAGCCACCGGUCCCGACACUACUACCUUGACCGUGGGACAACUCGUGGCCAUCGAGCCUUAUAUUCGCGGUCGCGAUAAUUCAGAUGGCCAAAGUUUAUGGGGUAUUGGCGUUUUCGGAGAGGAUCCCAAAGCGAAGACACUCAUCGAUGCUUGGCGUUAUGGUCUAUUGGCUGAAUAUGUAAAUGCACCACUUGAGAACGUUUAUGCAUUGAAUGAGAAACGUCUCUUGGGACUUACCACAGAAGGAGGCCUUGGCUAUUCGCUCGGAGAUCUCUCAAUACUUGCUCGACACCUCGUACCUUAUGGAAGAUUCCGAGGAAUCGAUCUGAAGCCCGGAGAAACCGUCAUCAUGGCACCUGCUACCGGUUUAAUUUCCAGCGCUGCAGUAGAAGAAGCAUCCUCAAUGGGUGCACGCGUCGUUGCCGUCAGUAGGGACCUGUCCAAAUUGCAGAAACUGGCAGCAGCGAAUCAACGCGUCGAGAUUGUGCAGACCUCUGGUAAUUACGAGGAAGAUCUUGCGAACAUCAAAGCAUUCGGUCCAAUAGAUGCGUUUUUAGAUUUAUCGCCCAAAGAAGCCAAUGACUCGAGCCAUAUUAGAGCUUGUUUGAUGUCGCUGAAGAAUUAUGGGAGAGCGUCGCUGAUGGGCGUACCGACUAAUGAUAUUGAUAUUUCCUACAUGAUGGCGGUUAUGAACAAUCUCACGAUAAAGGGUUAG